ACUAUCAGACGGGCUGUACGCUUUUUUGCCACCACACUAGUAUUAAAAAAAACUUGUGUAGUAAUCUAUGUUCUGUCUAUGUAAUAAAUUUAAUUUAAUAUUUUCCAUCUAUUUAUUCGUAAUUCAAUACCAAAUAUUAUAAAUAUGCAUAUCUACAUUAUAAGGAUAAAAAUCAGAAAAUUUCAAAAUUAUAAAUGUGUAUAUUAAGGUGUUUCUUGAAGUUUUUAAUUUAGGAAUAUAUAUUACUAAACCAUUUUACCUUGAGCUAUUACAAUAUAAUAGGACAACGCCGAUCGCAAUUAACCUAACAAGCGCUUAUUGAUCGCAUAAAUACCCUUUAUCUGUUUGAACACUGUAACAAUGGUUUUGUUUAUCAGUCUUUGAUUUUUAAAAUGUUCCUAAAGCAAAGAUCCUAAGCUUAAAUUAAGCGAAGCGGUGGUGAAACUCGGCAUUCAUUUCCUUUCGUUUAUUCCAUUUCCUUUCCAGCCGUGUAACGCCUUCCACCUCUGAGAGUAUAUUGCUCAUGUGGAAUCCAAAGUGAACCGCUUAGCUGCCUCACAAUAGAACAGGUUACCUUUUAUUUAUUUGAAAAAAAUCAAAACUUUUAUUUCCGAUUACAUUAGGUUCUAAAUGGAUACUGUUAUAUAAAUUUAUAUUAUAUACAUUUCUUUUUCCUGUUUUUCUUAAUCAAUAACCAUAUCGACAUAUAUUAACUUGUUCUAUCGAGGUAUUCCCUUCCCAUUACCGACACUGGUGUGCACAUAAUUCACAUUAUGUACAAACCAGUGGUAUCCGUAACUACAAUCAAAACUAAACCACAUAUUUUUUCACAGUAAAGUGAUAAGUGUAAAUCAAACUAUAUUUUUGAUGUAAAAUUAUCAAUUUCAUUCCGUCGAAGUACAAAGUAUACCUAAUAAAGUGACGAAAAUUUAAUAUAUAUAAAUAAAGUGAACUAAACAAACGAUAAUGUGGUGAAAGAAAUAGUGAUAAAAUGGUUUUAGCAAGAACUUUAAAUACAGGACCGUUUCGUGUAAAAAGUGUGACAAAUAAAACGAUAUGGGAUGACUCAUAGUGAAAAAUAUUAUGUGCAACCCACAAUCCGAUCAGAAGAUGAUGCGAGAAAUUCACGACAAUGCUGGGGCAGGCGCAAGCGGCGCGAUGGAGGAAAGCGAGGGCGGAGGGAGUGGGGCUGCAGAGGUCGAUAUGGACGAGUGUAGUUCCCUCGCGUUGCCGCCCGACCUGCCCCCCUAUUCCGGCGACUACAUCAUCAGUGAUUACAUGGAACGCUUGGGUACACGACUCAACAUUCUUGAAACCGAGCUUAAAUAUGCUUGGCGAGCACUAGAUCUUCUCAGUCAGGAAUAUGUUAGAAUGUGGGAAAGGCUGGAACGUUUAGAAGCACUGCUUGCAGAUCAACAGGGUGUUAUAUCAACAUUACUAGACUUUUAUACAUGUCGAACUGUUGCUUCCAGAGAUCCCAUGACUCGACUUGAAGUGAUAAGAGAAAUAUUAGGCAACGGUACUGUAGAAGAUGGUAUCGAGGAAGGUUUAGAUAUAGGACGAAGUUCUGUAUUAUUAGAUCCACAAGAAGAAAUAAUGGAGUCCAACGAAGCAUUUUAUAAAAGUUUAAAUCAAGCUUAUAGGGAUGAUCUAGUAUGUGAUGAAACCUCAAGACCACCUUCUCAAUUAGAUAUGAUUUGGGAAGCUCCAGAAGAAGCUGAUAUCGAAAUCAUACCUUCUAAUUCUAGGCAAAUAUACAGUGCAAAUGAUUAUAAAGAUUAUUGUGGUAUACAAGGAGGUCCUGGCAUUAGCGAAAGAGAUUUAGUACAUUUGUCUACAUUAAGUACAAUAGAUCAAAUCACUGUAGAUAAAUUACAUGAAUUAGAUAGGUUGACAACACAAUUACAUAAAGAUUCGAGAGAGUUAAAAGACUUGAAAACCAGACUUCUUAGUCCAGAAACAAAAAUUGCAUCAAAACAUGAUAGAGACAUAGAAGCUAAAACACUUGUAGAAGACGGAAAUAUUAUAAACGAACAAUUAAAAAGUGUUUAUUCUGGAGGAGAAAAUUGGGGUAUCAAUGAUAUGAUGAAAAGUUUUGAUGACUUUAUGUUGACUAUGCCUAAGGAUUCUAUUGUGAGAGAUAAAUCUCCAUCUAGAUUAUCUUUAACUGAAAAUACAGUAACAGAAAGAACAAUCGAUUAUCUGCCACCAACUUUGUCACCUCGUCGCAAAUUUGUUCCAGAAAGGACAACCACAGAACCAUAUACGACAGUUACUGGUCGCUUAGCAUAUAGUUCAGCAGUGGCAAAUGCUGAAAUAAAUGCAGCUAAAGCUUCUAAAUCUCCAAGUGCAAUUUCGAGAGAUCGUUUUGAAUAUAGUUCAUCUUACCAGGUUACUGAUAAUAGACCAAAUUAUUAUUCCAGUAAAAGUAUAUCUCAGCAAUUAAACGAUAUGUAUAAAACAGAUACAGAACAACAUUCCCCUUUGUCAAUCCAUGAAAUUUAUAAUGGGUCUACUAGUAACAGCCGACUUGAUAUGAAUUACGAAGAAAAUAGACUACACAAAUCUCCUAGUCCUCCGCCUCCAGCACCACCUAAUGGAGGCGAAUUAUUUUCUAUUGAAAAUAACAACGAAACAGCACCUAGUCAUCAUUCUAUGCUUUCUACUCUUCCAGCAGAUAAUAUACGUUUAAGUCCAAGAUCCCCUAAAUCACCAAAAACGUCGCCAAAACACGUUAAAAGAGACAACACUAAUAUUGUAGCUGCUAAAUCUGAUUCUGGAUUAUCAUCAAUGAGUGGGUGGUCAAGUCUAGAAAAAAGUCCUGGAUCACCAAAAAUGGGACGAAUUUCUCACGGAAGCCAUGAUUCUCAUAAAAUAAGAAUCUCAUCUCCACAAUCAAUACAAAGAAUGUCCUAUGAAAUAGACUCUAAGCCCUAUUUAGAAACCCUAGUAGACUCAUACGUAUAUGAAGGAAAAAAUUUAAAAAGUGAUUAUAAUUUACGUAAAAUGGAUUUACCCAAAGAUGUAUGUAGUUCGCGAGACUUGAGUAAUUUACAGGAAAAAAUUGACAGUGCUUUUUUAAAAAGUGACAUACCCUAUUCUAUUACUGGUCAAAAUACACAAGUCAGUAAUAUGAGUGAAUAUUAUUAUGGGAAUGAAGCACCUUCAAUAUAUUCUGUGGCAGGUAAUAGGCAGCCAAUAUUUACUACUGUUUAUAGUACUCCAAGAGGUAUGUUAUCUGAAGAUAGAAAUUUUUCCGAAUUAUUAGAUAGAAAUGAAAUUACUGAAUCUACUACAAGACCUGUAGUAGAUUCAUAUCCUCCAGAGCCUAGUUAUCAUGCGCAAACUGUUGUAAUGUCUGCAGCUAAUGCCAAUAAAAGAUCUCUCACAAGAGCUAAUACAAUGGGUCCAAAUGAUCCCAAUUUUUAUCAAAACGGUUACAAACAGCCUGGACAUCGUAUUGGUUAUCCGCCAAGUAAUCUAACAGAUGCUUUAUCUUAUUAUCCAACAUCAACCAGAUAUGAUUCACCAAAACGAACGUCACUAGAAGAUCAACUGUCAUGGCAAGGCGGUAGUAGAUCUCCUACAAGUUCAAUGGAAACAUCUAGUUUGAAAUCACACUCUUUAAAUAUCUCAGAAAGAAAACAAUUUCAAAAUCAAUUACAACAAGAAUACUUUAAACAACAACAAUAUGAUCAAAGAAAUGGUAAUAUUAUGUAUGAAAAUCAAGGUUAUGACAAACAAAUAAUUGCAGACCACUCCAAAAUUAGAAAAGAUCAAUAUGUAGAUUCAAGUGGCGUGUUGGUAUCAGAAUCAGGAUACUUGUCUAUAUCUACAAAUUUAAAAAGUAAGCCUCAAGAAAAACAACCAAAAAAGCCAAAACGAACAUCAUCUCUUAAGUCAGCAAUGUCAUCUGUAAGUCAUUGGUUACCAGAUUUACAUUUACCUAAAAAACAUAGAUCACAUUCCUUACCAUCGGGCGUUGAUAAUGUGGAACAGCCACAACAAGAAAAGUCAUUAAAAGAAAGAAUAUUAUCUGCUCAACGAAGAAAAAAGAAAUAUCAUUUAGUAGCAUCUAUGUCUGGUUUAUUACAAAAAGCUAGACGAAAAAACCAAGCUAGUCAUCAAUCGUUGUCAGAUCCUGAAACAUCAGAAACUGAGUGGUCGGGUGGUCGAUCUAGUGCCCAAUCUGAAGAUAGUGAUAGUGUAUUUUCCGACUCAGCUCACGAAAAUAAUAUGUUUGCUAAAGUCGCCACUAAACCUAAACAAAGAAAGGUAAACAAUCAAGAUAUUGUGGAACAACAGCAAAUCAUCCAAGAAUUACAACAACAAGGAAUUGAUUAUCAUGAAGACAGUGAGUGUAUAGUUGAAGAAAGUGAAAAAUUACCUGUUAGUAAUGUUAUACCACGAGACAAAAGUGAUGAUAUAGAUUUUCAUUUUGCUCGUGUGAGUCAAAUGAAUAAAAAUAAUAUAUCAGAAUUAGAAAAGUUAGAUAUUGAUACUGAUAUAUCUAAUGUCGAUUUGUUUGAAGAGGAAGAAAAAGAAGACAAUCAGUCACCUGCAUCACUUUUUGCUACAGUAGGUGAUGUUAAAAAGGCAGCUGGUACAUCAGAAGAAGGCCUUAGUGAACUUAAUAAAUCUUAUAGUGGGAGUUCACAAGAAUUUGCAGUUUCUCGAGCACUGGGCAAAUACAGACUUCGUAAAUCAACAUCUAUUUCAGAUGAACAUGUGGACGAUAAUAUUUCUCCUCCAAAGCCUGAAACAGAAGAAGAGGUAACUGAAGAAUACACGAAUCAAAAAGAAAAGAGAAUUCGAAAGCAAAGUACCCCUGAAAUAAUAAGCACUACAGUAUCAGAAGAGACUCCUACUUAUCCUGAACGAAGUCCAUCUAUUCAAAGUACUCGUGGAGUUCCAAAUAAAUUCCAACCUCGUCACCAACAAAGUUUAGAAAUACCAAAUAAACACGAUGAUGACGAUAGCAAAAGUACUCAUUCCUGGCGAAGUGGUUCUCGAGUAUCUUCAAGAAGGCAAAGUACUGAAGACAGUAUUGAUUCUGAAGAUGAAUGGUACUGCUAUGAACUAAGAAAAUUAGAAGAAAUGGAACAUCAAUCGCAGUUAGAAGCAGAACGACAGCAAACAUUAACCGAAGAACCUGAAUUUGAAGAAUCUUUAUUAGAAGAAGAAAAUGAGAAUUUAAAAGAAAAAAUGUCCUUCGUUUUAAGAGAAUUAAAACUAAAAACUGCAUCUGUUAAGAUAAAAUAUGACGAAACUCCAGUUAAAGAAACUUGGAAAGAUAUUACUACAUUUCCUGUCAUUGAAGAGAAGCGAGAUGAAGGUGGAGUCUCUGAUAGAGAAACAGAUGAUGACAAAUCAUUUGCGGAUUCAGGUUCAGGGGAAACUUCUGGGCCAGAUAGCCCUGUACAGAGUGGCGAUGAGCUUGAUGAUGAUUAUGAUAUGCCACAAAUUCAUGAAGAACCUACUCCAGUUCAACGGCCACCACCACAACAAGAUGCUCCAGCUGGAAGUAAGUGGAAGUUACUGAAGGCAUUAAAGGAUAGAAAAGCUGAAGAAAAAACUUCAGAAACACCUGCAGCUACAACGCCCUCUACUGAUAAGGAUAAAGUCAGCGCCGGUAAUGGCUCCGGCGGAUUUAACGAUCAAGGUGGCCGCGGAAACGGACAUCCAGGCGAUAACCCGUUCUACAGUAAUAUCGACAGUAUGCCAGAUAUCCGACCGAGACGAAAAUCCAUACCCCUUGUUUCUGAACUUACCAUGGCUGCUACAAAAAGGAAUGCAGGUUUGACGUCGGCUGUCCAUCGAGCAACACUGAAUGAUGAAGAAUUGAAAAUGCACGUGUACAAGAAGACUUUGCAAGCACUCAUUUAUCCAAUUUCUUCAACAACCCCACAUAACUUCGUAUUAUGGACGGCAACAUCCCCAACCUACUGUUAUGAGUGUGAAGGCCUCUUAUGGGGUAUAGCCCGACAAGGAGUCAGGUGUACGGAAUGCGGCGUCAAAUGUCACGAAAAGUGCAAAGAUUUGCUCAACGCCGACUGCCUACAGAUGUGUUUCGCAGGGGCUGCUGAGAAGUCAUCCAAACACGGCGCUGAGGACAAAGCCAACUCUAUUAUUACUGCCAUGAAGGAAAGAAUGAAGCAACGAGAACGGGACAAGCCUGAAAUAUUUGAACUCAUCAGGAGGACUUUUAACGUCGAUCCAGAUACUCACAUUGACAGUCUCGAACAAGCCGAGCAAAUCACUAUAGAAGGAACUUCGAAAUGGUCUUGCAAGAUUGCCAUUACAGUUAUUUGUGCUCAGGGUUUGAUCGCGAAAGACAAGAGUGGAACUUCAGAUCCAUACGUCACUGUACAAGUAAGCAAAGUGAAGAAAAGGACGAGGACUAUGCCGCAAGAGUUGAAUCCAGUGUGGAAUGAAAAAUUUUACUUCGAAUGUCACAAUUCUUCAGACCGCAUCAAAGUGAGAGUAUGGGAUGAAGAUAACGACCUCAAAUCGAAACUUCGACAAAAAUUAACGAGAGAAUCCGAUGACUUCUUGGGACAAACCAUCAUUGAGGUGCGAACAUUAUCCGGCGAGAUGGACGUGUGGUAUAACUUAGAGAAGAGAACAGACAAGUCCGCUGUAUCUGGGGCAAUUCGUCUACACAUAAACGUUGAGAUCAAAGGUGAAGAGAAGGUGGCUCCAUACCACGUUCAGUACACCUGCCUUCACGAGAACUUGUUCCACUACCUAUGCGAAGAGAACGGUGGAGCCGUCACCCUUCCGGCGGCAAGAGGAGAUGAUGCUUGGAAGGUCUACUUCAAUGAGAUUCCGGAGGAGAUUGUAGACGAGUUCGCGAUGAGAUACGGCAUUGAAGCUAUCUAUCAGGCGAUGACACAUUUUCAUUGCUUAUCCACGAAGUAUCUAUGUGCGGGCGUUCCAGCUGUAAUGUCAACACUAUUAGCCAAUAUCAAUGCAUACUAUGCCCAUACCACUGCUUCGUCUGCUGUGUCAGCUUCGGACAGAUUCGCUGCAUCCAAUUUUGGGAAAGAGAAAUUCGUCAAACUGUUGGAUCAGCUGCAUAAUUCACUGCGCAUCGAUCUGUCGAUGUACAGAAAUAACUUCCCCGCUUCCAGCGCUGAGAAACUCAUGGAUCUCAAGUCUACAGUUGAUCUGCUUACCAGCAUAACUUUCUUCAGGAUGAAGGUCCAAGAGCUUAGCAGCCCACCCCGUGCCAGCACAGUAGUCAAAGACUGCGUGAAGGCUUGCCUUAGAUCAACAUAUCAGUUUCUAUUUGAGAAUUGUUACGAGCUGUACAACAGAGAGUUCCAGGUGGAUCCAAACGAGGCCAAACGCGAUCCAUCCGACCACGGACCGCAGUUGGACUCUGUGGACUUCUGGCAUAAGCUCAUCGCCCUCAUCGUAUCUGUGAUAGAGGAGGACAGGAACAGUUACGCUCCCGUCCUCAAUCAAUUUCCACAGGAAUUGAACAUUGGACAGUUAUCCGCCGCAACGAUGUGGUCUCUGUUUGCGGUGGACAUGAAAUAUGCGUUAGAAGAACACGAACAACAUCGAUUAUGCAAGUCUUCUGCCUACAUGAACUUACAUUUUAAGGUGAAAUGGCUUCAUACGAAUUACGUGAAAGACGUGCCUCCGUACUGCGGAGCAGUACCGGAGUACCCGGCCUGGUUCGAGCCCUUCGUAAUGCAGUGGCUCAACGAAAACGACGAUGUAUCACUCGAAUACCUCAACGGGGCCUUCAAUAGAGAUAAACGAGAUGGGUUCCAAAAAUCCAGCGAGCAUGCCCUCUUCAGUAACUCCGUAGUGGAUGUGUUCACGCAGCUGACACAGUGUUUCGACGUGGUCUCCAAACUGGAAUGUCCAGAUCCUGAGAUCUGGAAACGGUAUAUGAAGAGAUUCGCGAAGACCAUCGUGAAAGUCCUCGUCGCUUAUGCUGAUAUUGUGAAAAAAGAAUUCCCUGAGCAUUUGAAGGAAGAGAGAGUGGCAUGUAUUCUUAUGAAUAACAUCCAACAACUGCGAGUACAAUUGGAGAAGAUGUUCGAAGCGAUGGGAGGUCCGAAGCUGGAGCGAGACGCGGCCGACAUCUUGAAUGACUUACAGCAAAGCCUGAACAGUACGCUCGAUGAACUCGCUUCUAUGUUCGCAAACAGCUUGGAGGGACGCAUCACUGCGAGCGUAAAAGAACUGGGCGAGCUCCUGCAGAAGGUUGGUGGUGGUGGAGCUCCUGGUGCCCCACAGCCACCUGCACACCACGAGGCCGAUGAAGUACUGCGUCCACUCAUGGACAUACUGGAUGGUUCAUUAACAAUGUACGCCGAGUCCUGCGAAAAGACUGUUCUCAAACGACUGCUCAAAGAGUUAUGGAAGAUCGUUAUGAAGAUUCUCGAAAAGACUGUUGUGCUUCCGCCUAUGACUGAUAAGACGAUGAUGCUUAAGAAUUUAACCAACAACGCCAAGAAUUUGGCGGCGAACGCAAAGAUUGAAGACAUGACACAAUUAUUCAAGAGUACAGUCGGUAAACAGGAUGUCAAACAUGCGCUCUCCGGGGUUAUGGAUAUAUCUAAAGAGCAUCUAUCUGCUGAGAAGAGCUUAACACCAAAACAAUGUGCGGUACUAGACGCAGCUUUGGAUACCAUCAAGCAAUACUUCCACGCGGGUGGCAAUGGCCUCAAAAAGACCUUUUUGGAGAAGAGUCCGGAACUGCAAUCGUUGCGAUAUGCUCUCAGUCUGUACACGCAAACAACAGAUACGCUUAUCCGAACAUUUGUCACCAGUCAGCAGAAUCAGGAUGCAGCAGUUGCAGAAGAAGGUAGCGUUGGAGAAGUGUCUUUGCAGGUCGAUCUGUUCACACAUCCUGGUACCGGUGAACACAAGAUCACUGUAAAAGUGGUAGCAGCCAAUGAUCUGAAAUGGGUGAUUGCGAGUGGUAUGUUCCGUCCGUUCAUUGAAGUGAACCUGAUUGGGCCCCAUCUAGCGGAUAAGAAGAGGAAGUUUGCCACCAAGUCCAAGAGCAACAACUGGAGUCCCAAGUUCAACGAGACGUUCCACUUCAUGGUGAGCGCGACGGAACAACUGGAACUGUUCGAGUUGCACGUGUGCGUGCGGGAUUAUUGCUUCGCGCGCGAGGACCGUCUCGUCGGCGUCGCAGUCAUGCGCCUCGCCGAUAUCGCAGAACAGGGUUCAUGCGCCUGCUGGCUUCCACUAGGCACCCGCGUCAAAAUGGACGAGACCGGAUGGACCAUUCUUCGAAUACUGUCACAGCGGCAUAGCGAUGAAGUGGCACGGGAAUUCGUCAAGCUCAAAUCAGAGAUGAGGGCAGAAGCACCAACCGGAGGUCAGGGACCCUCGUGAACCCUCUAAAGACAACCCCCGAGCCUUCGACACAAACUGUAAGGGCUACUUGGUAACUGAGACUGGAUUUAACAAGGUCCAUAGUCUUUGACAUUUCCAGGCGAGCCUUCGAUAGUACAGUGCGAGCGAGACGGACAUACACGGCGCUGCGCGUCAGAAAGAAACGACCAUACACGAACAAGCCCGGCGCUCCGGCGGUACCCGGUCAGUGCUCGUUCGUUUAAUUUCGUACAAUCUCGUUGGCUAGACUUUUUGUAAAUAAAUUACGGUGUUAAGUUACGCGGAUAGUAGAAUAUUUUGCACAAAUUCGUAAACAUUAGCUGAAAAGACUGACCGUAGGCGGCCGCGGGCGCCGCGAGCGCCACCUACGUUUAGGUAUUCAGAUGUUUCUCGUGGAAUUUAUUUCUAUCAUGUCUCGAUAUCGCACACUUCCAUUUAAUUGAAUUGUAUAUUAGAUAUAUUUUAAUGUUAUAACAUUUUUCUUAUAUGACAAAUGAAAAAUUACACUCACUUGCAAAAUAGUUGGCUCGAAAGAGAACAAUAAAUUAUUUUUUAUUACAUUACGACGAAUUUAAUUAACAAUACAAGAAUAUUAUUUGAUUCUAUGGAAGUGUUCUUCUCAGUUAUACUUGAAUCAUAUUGUUCUAAUAAUUUUUUCACUGGGUACCUAAAAUGGUGGCAGCAUCGAUUACACGAUUUAUGUAAUAAUAUUUAUAUGGACCAAAACUGCCGUAAAUACGGAUGCAUUAAUCCUUAACCCUUAAUAAUAAUGCAACAUAAUUAUUUAUCUAAUUAAUCAUCUACUCGUUAUGCGUGUACAGUAAAUAAUAUAUGGCCUUAUGUAAAUUAUUUCCUUCGUUCGUUUGUAUUCUUUGCUUCAUAUCGAGUUAGUCGGAAUUAUGUAUCUAAACUGUUAAGGGUCUAUUGAAUGUCGAAGUGUGUUAUAGGCAAACGCGUUUCUGGUAAUUUGUUAAAAGCGUGGUGUAAUGCUCGGAGUACGUAAAGCAUGUUCGUUUAGGAGAUGAGUGUUCUAAAAUGGAAUUAAUAUAGGUAUAGCUAUGGUUUAUAAUAAAAUGUACGGUCUUAUCCAUCUUUUAUAAAACUCCUUUUUGUGUCCCGUUUCGAGCGAUCUGCAUUGUAAUGUGGUUCACAUUGAUUUAGUAUUUUACUGAAACGUGUAAAUACCAAAUAAAAUGUUGUUUAAAUAUAUAUAUCACAUCUUAAUAUUACUUUAAUAAGCUUGGCCUGUUUAACAAGAAAUGUAAUCAAAAAUCUCCUAUGUCUUUUUGUAUAUUAUUGAAAAUUGUGAUAUUGUUAUAAAUGAAAUACAAUCAUUAACUGUCGUGGGUACUUACUAAUGUACCUAAAUCUGUUUUAGCUGAUAAAUUAAAUGGUCGGUUGGUAAUAAUUGUUCUUAUAUGUGUUAGUGAUGGUACAUCCUUAAUUUUCAGAGUACAGGGCACUGAUAUUUUUUAAAUAAACUAAAUAAUAAUAAAUCUUUAUAGUUCGUUUAUAUCUACAAUACAAUAUUGAAUGUUUAAAUAAAAUAUUUAUGAAUGUUCGAAUGUGUUUCGUUUAGAGACUGUACGUUUAUGAUCAGUGCUCAAAAAUAAUUUGUUAAGGCUAUUUAUAUGGGGGAUAACAAUAACGAAUCGUUGAUUUAACAAGAUAAUAAUUAAAUCAUAAUUUAAAUAUCACAGUCCAAACUCAAGUCACAGUGUUUGAAACAUCACAUAAAUUAAAUUAUAAUGUGUGUAUUUUCAAAUCCACUAGCUUUUUUUUUUAUGAUACGUACAAACAAGUAUACGAAAUUUUCAAUAACUUUAUACCUGUAUACCAUUAAUAAUUUUUCAUUAGAAAGGACGUAUCUUUUUGAGAAAUAUAAUGUAAUAAUAAUAAAUUUACCUCUUCAUAAAUUUCAUAGGCAAUUUCCCACUUGUCACACAAUUUCAAAUCUUUCAAUAAAAAAAGUCUUAGUAAAACAAUAUAAAAGCAUAUUCAUUUUCGGACAUGUAAACUUGAGUGCAAAUUAACCGGUAUCAUAAAAUCGGCGUGGCUUUGAAAAUAUACACGAUGUGUAGCUGAAGCACAUCACUAACCAACACGGAGUUAAGAUUUUCUAAAUAUUAGCAUUAUCAUGGAUUACAUAUCUGUAGAUAGAGAAUGUGGUUUGUCUAGUCCAAAUCUCAAUAAUAUAUAUUUACUCUUUAAAUAAUCGAGUUUUUUUACUUUAUAUUUCUGAGUCGACUGAAUCUGUGUAACUAUAGUUAAUAGAAAUAUUCCGCAAUCAUUAAUUAAUAAAUAAAUAGUUAUUUUUUAUUAAGUUAUCCCUGUAUUCUAUUCAAUGUAUUAACGUAUUUUAAACUAAUAAUAUACAGUGCUUUAACAAUUUGAAUUAGAUAUAUUACAUUCUUUGUCCAUUGAAAUAAAUAAUAAAACAUUAAUAAUAAAUAAAUAAAUACAUAUACGAAUUAAUGCAUUGAAUGGAGUGUAAGUUUGUAUUAUUUUAGCUAAAUAGUUAACAAUCGGAUAACAAUAUCCAAUCGUUUCGUUCGCGACUUAAAAAAAGAACAAAUUGUUGACGAUGAUAGUUUCCAAUGAUGAUAAUAACCUCAUAUAAUUGGAUCAUCCAUUUGUAAAUACUUACAAAUCAUACUUCCAUCGUAUUGUGAAAGGGAGGCAGCAGUUUUGAUGGGAUCGUGUGAUAUCUGCAUAAACUAACAAUGUAUCAGUAUUAAUUUCGGUGUAUAUUUAAUUUUACAAGUAUUUGUACAAUUGAAAUUAAUUUUAAUUCCGUGUAAUCGUUUAUGAAGAUAUUGCGAUACGAGCUAGUGUAAAAAAGAAGCGCACAGUAUUCAUUAUAAUCUCAUCAAAAUAUAAUACGAACAAAUUGUAUUGACACAUAAAACCUUUACCAUUUGACAAUACUUGGUAAAUAUUAUUUUGUAAGUGUAAAAUGUGAUCGUCACAUGCAUCGGCAUCAUUGUAAGUCUGUAACGCUCCAAUUUUAGUAUUAAUAUCACUAAACAUUGCAUAUAUCUUUGUAUAAAUGCAUAUAUGUAAAUGUUACAUGUUUAAACACAUUAUUGAAUUUAGAAUUUUUAUGAAAAAAUAAAUAAAUAUCCGUAUUUCAAAUAUACCUCGUUUCGUUUCA